AUGGUGCAGUCGCCUAUGAUAUCCAGUCCGCUGAAACAAACCAGCGAGAUCGACUGGAUACAACCUCUAAAAACCUAUAUCCGGCAGACAUACGGUGACGAUCCAGAGAGAUAUUCGGAGGAAUGCGCAACGUUGAACAGGCUGCGGCAGGACAUGAGAGGCGCUGGCAAAGAUAGCGCGGCCGGACGGGAUCUGCUAUAUCGAUACUAUGGUCAGCUUGAACUGCUGGAUUUGCGGUUUCCUGUUGAUGAGAACCAUAUCAAGAUAUCUUUCACCUGGUAUGAUGCAUUUACACACAAGCCUACAUCUCAAUACUCAUUGGCCUAUGAAAAGGCAUCGAUUAUCUUUAAUAUAUCAGCUGUUCUAUCGUGUCAUGCCGCAAACCAAAACCGAUCUGAAGACACUGGGUUGAAGACCGCUUAUCAUUCCUUCCAAGCCUCCGCGGGAAUGUUCACUUAUAUCAACGAAAACUUCCUGCACGCCCCUUCCACAGAUCUGAGUAGGGAUACUGUCAAAACGUUGAUAUCGAUCAUGCUUGCUCAGGGUCAGGAGGUUUUCUUGGAGAAACAAAUAGAUGAUGGGAAAAAGCCAGGUUUUCUAGCCAAACUCGCAAGCCAAGCAGCAUAUCUUUACUCACAAGCUGCGGAAGGUGUGCAAGAAAAUGUGACGAAAGGCAUAUUUGAAAAAGUGUGGUCAAUCGUUGUUCAAGUAAAAGCCUCCCUCCUAGCGGCUGUUGCAGGUUACUAUCAGGCCAUUGCAGAUGACGAAGGGACACUGUACGGGAUUUCCAUAGCUCGCCUCCAGCUCGCCGAAAAGCAAGCUACCACCGCGCUGAGUUGGGCCAAAACUUUCCCAAACUCUCCCCCCGCAGGCUCAAAUUUAAGUGCAGAUACUGGCCCUAUCUUGCUCGAUCUCACGCGACGACAACUGGCAAAUAUCCAAGAAAAAUUGGCAUCAUUUACCAAGGAUAAUGAUUUUAUAUACCACCAACCGGUCCCUUCUGAACCCAGUUUAUCGACAAUCGCGAAGUUGCCCGCUGCGAAGGCAAUACCCGUGAGUGAAUUAUACCAAGGACAAGAUAUACAGAGGAUAAUCGGACCAGACAUCUUCCAAAAGAUCGUUCCCAUGUCCGUUACCGAAUCAGCAAGCCUGUACGAUGAAGAGAAGGCAAAACUAGUUCGUGCAGAAGCGGAGAAAGUUGAGGCUGCUAAUGGGGAAAUGGCUGCAAGUCUUGACUACCUCAAAUUGCCAGGAAGUCUGAACAUUCUGAAGGGUGGAAUGGACCAGGAUAUGGAUGUUGAUGAAGAUUUUAAGAUGUGGUGUGAAGAAUUGGCGAAUACGCGUCCUUUCCGUGAAGCUUUCAACGAGCUGCAGGAAGACAAAAUAUCCAUACUAAGCGUAUUGGACCAGUGCUCUAAACAGCUGGAUAUGGAAGAGAGCGUUUGUGAAAAAAUGCGUUCCAAGUACGGCGCAGACUGGGUUCAACAACCUAGUUCCCGAUUGACGUCGACCUUGCGGAGUGAUGUUCGAAACUACCGCGAUACCAUCGACGAAGCUAGUUCCAGCGACUCACAACUUCUAGUGAGCUUGAGACAACAUGAAGCUGAUUUUGAUGAGAUGCGUUCGGCUGGAGAAACCGACGAAAGCCGAUCAAGGGUCGAAAUGAAGCAGGGUAGUCCUUAUAGUGCGGCCCCAGAAACAAAUCUCCUGGGUGAUGACUUCGACGCGAGGAUGUCUGUUACUGAGCAGAUAGCGAGGGUGGAGGAACUGCUUAAAAAGCUGAAUCUUGUGAAAAGAGAUAGAAAUCAGAUUUUGAAGGAUCUGAAAGAGAAGGUGCAUAAUGAUGAUAUUUCCAAUGUCCUUAUACUGAACAAAAAAUCGAUCGCCAACCAAGAAAACCAGCUUUUCCAAACAGAACUUGAGAAAUUCAGACCUCACCAAAAUCGACUAUUACAAGCAAACCACAAGCAAACAGCACUCAUGAAGGAGCUUACAAAGGUAUACGGAGACUUACUCCAGGACAAUACGGUCAGAUCGGAGCAGUCCAAGUAUGAAGCGCUCACGCGGCAGAGGAACUCGGUUAUGUCCAAAUACAAAAAGAUCUACAACGCCUUCAGAGACAUGAGCUCAGGCCUAGAACAAGCGCAAGCCUUCUACGCAGAGAUGAAGGAUACAGUAGAUAACCUACGAAAAAACGUCGAUACAUUCGUCAAUAACAGGCGAUCCGAAGGUGCACAGCUCCUUAGUCAGAUAGAACGAGACAAAUCCCACCACCAAUCCAACCAAGAGGAUCGGGAGCGCGAAAAGCUAAAAAACCUGAUGGAGCGCCUCUCCGUAGAAUUCGGGCCCCAAUCGCCACCAACAUCUUCUUUAUCUAAACCAAGACCAGCCCCCCUAAAGACCGGUCGUUCCCCCUCAAUUACAUCCCACAACACCUUUUCCUACCCUGCCGCCAGCAGCAUCGCCCCACAAACCAGCCAAUACAUGCAACAGCAACAGCAAUACCCUCAACAGGGAGCCCCCGGCGUCGCCUCGACCGAAGGCUACAACCCCAUGGCCUACCUCUACCAACCGCCAAUCUCCCCCCCACCAAACCAGCAAUUCUUCUCCCCGUCGCCAUACGGCUAUGCAAGCCCGCAGCAACCUUCCCAGUUCAUGGCACAGGGAUACAUACCGCCACCACCGCCACCGCGGCCAUCGCAAUCGCCUUACCCACAGUCCAACGCGCCAUAUCCGCCUGCGGGAUACAUGCAGCCGCGGCCAUAUAGCGCCAUGCAGCAGCAACCUCCGUCGCAGACGCCGCAGGGCCAGCCCGGAGGGCAGAAUACUAACAACAAUGACCCGUGGGCGGGGCUGAAUGCGUGGAAGUGA